UGGACAUCUGUGCCACGGGACUACGGGUAAAGGUCAGGCUACGGCCAUCUCGAAAGGAGCCAGUCCCGACGGAGCGGAGGAGAAUGAGGCCCAUUAUUACGCCCUUCCACAAAAUUGCCGUGUGGUCACCUUGGUCAGAAUUCAACUCUUGUAAACUCUUGAAUCACAUCAUCAAGAGGGACUUCCCGGGACUAUGACCCCAGGUGGUGUACAACAUCAGCUAUCUAUCUGCAGAAUCAUGAUGUCAACGGCUGGAAUGGCGCCCUGAUGACCACCUGAUCGAAAAUCUUACACCCAUUCGGAGAGCAAUGAUAGGGAAUAUAUAAGAUGUUCCCGGGACAAGGGCUCGAGGGAUUGGUCACGAUCACCGGAAUACUGAAGCCAUCGGUCCCGAAGGAAGCGAUCGGAACGCUCUCGCUCGCAGUGUUUGCAGCUUCGCCGCCUGCCAGCUUUAAUUGAUUUACCUACGCGACCACGCUCUCCUGAUACCAUGGACUACGACGAGGAAGACUCGCGCUUCCACUAUAAAAUGCAAGCGUCUCACUACAGGCACUCUUCCGAGUCGCUUCAUUGCGGAGAUAGGGAUCGGGAUGAUGAAGAGCGAUCGUGUACACCGCAGGAGCAGUUCGAGCCCAUUCUCAGCGACGAUGAGAUCAUUGGUGACGACGAAGAAGACGAUGCAGAGGACGCAGCGGCGAUUGCGGAAUACGAAAGGGAGUUGGAAGCAGCGGCGGCUGCAGCUCCUCCCGCCAUCAACGCCUUCGAGCCAUGGCAAAAGCCACUGCAGUUCUACGAAGGUUCUACAAAACUACAAGCGACGCAACUUUGUGCUUCAACAGUUCUUCAGCAACGAUGAAGUGCAUCUGCGACAGGCGGCCCAUGUUGUGCAAAUCGCUC